AGAAGAAGAAGAUUAUUAUUAUUAUUAUUAUUAUUAUUAUUAUUAUUACCGGAAGUCGGCUUUGCCGUCAUGUCAGUGUUUGGACUGAGUAACGAUGCGUUCAGUCCAGAAUCUGAGAGAGUUGAUCAACCAGCGACUAACUGCUGCUGCUGAAGAAAUAUUCACAGAGUUUGAGAAAACCAUCGUCCAGUACGAGGAGGAGAUCGAUCGUCAGCGCAGACUGCUGGAUAACAUCUGGAAACCACAGAUAACACAACACACAGCAGACCUCCCACAGCACAAUGUUCAUCAGAAAGUGGAGAUUAUCACUGAUCAUCAGCUGCGUACCCAGGAGAUGAAGUCCAAUCUGGACAAGGAAGAUCCAGAGCAUCCACGGAUUAAAGAGGAACAGGAGGAACUGUGCAUCAAUGUAGACCAGGAGAACCCAAACCCUCCACAGAUGAAGGAGGUACAGGAGAAACUCUGCACCCGUCAGAAGGGGGAGCAGCAGGAGACGUAUACCUUUAUGCUACUUCAGUGCAAGUCCAAAUGUGAAGAAUUAUCCGAAGAAAUAUUCAGAGUCUUUGAGAAAGCAUUCAUCCAGCAUGAGGAAGAGAUCGAUCAUCAGCGCAGACUGCUGGAUGUCAUCUGGAAAUCUGAAAUACAGUUACAUACAACAGACCUCCCACAGCCAUGUGUCUGUACAGAUGAGGAGGUUCUCACUGAGCAGCUCUUUAACUUGAAAAGGAACACCAGUCUGGACCAGGAAGACCCAGAACUUCCACAGAUGGAAGAGGAGCAGGAGAAGCUCUGCAAUAGUUUGGACCAGGAGGACCCACAGCACCCACAAAUUAAAGAGGAACAGGAUGAAUUCUGCACCAGUCUGGAGGGAGAACAGUUUAUAGUGAAGCAGGAGACUGAUACCUUCAUGGUGACUUCUACUUAUGAGGAAAGUGACCACAGCGACAUCGAACCAAACAGUGACCAGCUUUUCUUUCACAUUUUUCCUGCAGCUGAGAGCCCAGAUCAGGCAGGAAACAAGGAUUUAGAGCCAGGAUUAUCUAGAAAUGUGGAGCUGGAACGAAAGAAGAGACAUAAGAGAAACGGCAAUUACAACAACAAUAUUGACGUCUCAUCCAUGUCAGAGAGUCACUGUGAUAUUGACACAGAGAAAGAGACUUUAAUAUGUGAAGUCUGCGGAAAAGCCUUUAAAGAUAAGUCCAAUUUAAAGAGACAUUACAGAAUCCAUGCAGGUGUGAAACCAUUUGCUUGCAAAACAUGCGGGAAAAGUUUCAGUCAAAGUAAUCAUUUGAAAGUCCACGUGAGAAUCCACACAGGUGAAAAGCCAUACCUCUGUAACAGCUGCGGAAAUAGAUUUAGUGACCAUACAGCAUUAAAAAGGCAUACAGCAAUCCACACAGGCGAGCUGUAUGCUUGUGAAAUAUGCGGUAAAAGUUUCAGUGACAAAGGUCCUCUGAAAGUCCACAUGAGGAUUCACACGGGUGAGAAGAAGUACCUCUGUAACACCUGUGGGAAAAGGUUUGGUGACCUUUCAACGCUGAAACGACAUAAUGCAAUUCACACAGGUGUAAAGCCGUACCUUUGUAACACCUGUGGAAAAUGUUUUAGUGACGUUUCAACAUUUAACAGGCAUACAGCAAGUCACACAGGGGAGAAGCCAUACCUUUGUAAUACAUGUGGGAGAAGAUUUCAUACGUUGUCACACCUGAUGCGUCAUAUGGCAAUCCACACAGGUGAGAAGCCGCAUUCUUGCAACAUCUGUGGGAAAUGUUUUAGUCAAAGUGGUAAUUUGAAAGUCCACAUUAGAAUCCACACAGGUGAGAUGUCAUCAUCCUGAAAUAUCUGUAGGAAAAAUAAUCUGAGACUAAGCUUGAAACAUUAAGAAGUGGUUCAGGUUAAAAGCAGAUGUUUUGAGGUAGAUUUUCUUCCUGUUGGUGCUGCAGUACCAGCAUGGUGCUAAAAGACUAUAAAAGGGAGGGAGGGAAGGACUGUGAAUCGACUUCAGAGCGCUGACGGGUGAGAAGACAAACAAAAUAAAGGUUGACUGAGUCGGUAACUUGUAUUCGAAAAGUUGUGGAAAUUCGUGAGCGGUCCUUGACUAUUAGGCCAGAUGAUGGAGGAGGGCUGCAUCAAUCUGACACUCAAAAAAACCCAGCUGAAAGCAGUCAGUCAGAUAAAUGCUACUUUUUUAAUUUCUUCAUUUAAGAAUAGAUGUGAAAUGUAGUGAGAGCUUUUAUUUAUUUAUUGGCAGUGUAUUGUUUUGUUUGAAAUAACAUGAAUGUCUUUUAUUGACAGAUCCGUCUAAUUUUUUUCAGAUUCUAGAAUUUCAUAUUCCCUUUAUUACAUUUGCUGCUAAUUACUGCUAUGACAACCAACCAUGACAACAAGUGAACACUACAUCAGCUUCCUGCUGACGAUCACGAUUGCGAUCCUACUACAAAUCCCCCAUUGAGGACUUUUCGGGACUUAUCCGUGGUAAAUCAUAAACUACUGAGCGGCCUUGCGGCAUGCCGUGCUCUCUGAGUGCUUUUCUUGUUUGACCUGUAACACAGCUUCUUAUUUGUUUUGUAAUGUUUGCUGCCUGCUGACUGGAAGCACUUUUUGAAUCUUUAUGUUACUAUUUACUGUUACGCACUAAAACACAAAGUCAAAUUCCUUGUGUGUGAAAAUCUACUUGGUAUUAAAAAAACUUUCUCAUUCCAA